AUGCAGGCGUCAUCUGUGCCCCGCUGCGGGCGUGAGACGCUGCCGUCUCAAUGCGGCUCCGAGAGCGUUUUGACCCGAUUUCAUAAUGAAGUUGAGCGACUGUUACGAGAGUUCUACCAAAACCAGGAGUUGGUCCGCAACAUCGGCUCACACUACUACCAGAUCAUCUACCCUGUACAGCUGCGACAUCACGAGAAGAUGGGCAUCUCCACCAGAGAAGUCAGCACUAGCAUCAAGACUGGAAAGCACUUUCACCGCACGUCACUGCUUAUCAAAGCCUUCAACCACAAGUUCCGUCUUGACCUCGAGCUUAACACGCAACUGCUAGCACCGAAUUUGAAGCAAACACAAUAUCUCGCUAACGGCGCUGAGAGUGAGGUCAGAACGGAGAUCGAACAUUGCUACUAUCACGGCACAGUCAAGGACUAUCCCGGAGCGUCAGCCGCCUUCCACACUUGUAACGGUGUGUCGGGUGUCAUUCAUAUUGGAAACGAAACCUUCGUCAUACAUCCCUUCUACGGCGGCGAUCUAUCGGUUAGUCAGUAA